AUGGAUGAUAUUAUAUUUGGUUCUACAAACGACGCACUCUACAAAGACUUUGAACGGGUCAUGAAGCUGAAAUUUGAGAUGAGCUCAAUGGGAGAAAUGAAGUUCUUCUUAGGCGUGCAAGUUGAUCAAUUGUCGGGAGGGAUCUUCAUUCACCAAACCAAGUAUGUUCACGACGUGUUGGAGAAAUUCAGCAUGACGGGAACCUCUACAAUGUUUACACCAUUAGCGCUUAAUCAUGCUUCCUCCUAUAGAGGCGGAAAUGAGACCGAUCGUGAUGCCUUGCUCAUGAUCAAGUUGAUGAUCACUCAAGAUCCAUUUGGAGCUAUAACCUCAUGGAACGGUUCCCUUCAUUUUUGUGAGUGGACUGGUGUUACAUGUGGGAAGCGGCAUAGAAGAGUGACUAGUGUAGUACUGGAUUCACUAGGACUGGAUGGCUCUUUGUCUCCCCAUGUAGGAAACCUCAGCUUCCUCCAUGAGCUUUCUCUUGGGAACAACAGCUUUCAAGGAGCCAUACCUCAUGAACUAGGCCGUCUUUCUAGGUUGCGUAUCCUUUAUUUGUACCAAAACAAAUUCAAAGGAGUUAUUCCAACCAACAUAUCUCGUUGUUCUAACCUACAAGUGCUUAGUCUUUCCUAUAACGAGCUAGUUGGAACCAUACCCAAGGAGAUCAGUUUCCUCUCCAAACUCAAAUUUCUUGUACUUCAUUACAAUAAGUUAACAGGUGGAAUCCCUCCUUUUUUAGGGAAUAUCACAUCAAUAGAAGUGUUUGCUGUCAAGGAAAAUCCCUUGCAUGGGAGCAUUCCAGACACCUUAGGCCAUUGGAAAAGUUUAAAAGAAAUUUAUGGUAGCCAUUGUAAUUUUUCUGGAACCAUCCCUCAUUCCUUUUACAAUCUUUCACACCUAAAUACUAUGAACUUUGGUGAUAAUCAACUAAGUGGUACUCUUCCUAAGGUCAUAAUGCUCCCUUCUCUUGUCAUCCUUCAGUUAUGGAUUAACCAGUUUACGGGACCCAUUCCACCAUCCAUUUCUAAUUGUUCAAAGUUAAAAGAUUUUGAAUUUGCAAGAAACAAGUUUAGUGGGAAGUUGACAGUCGAUUUUUCAAAACUAAGAGAUAUCAGUUUUAUAUCAAUAGGUUUUAACAACUUUGGAAGCAAAGAAGCUGAUGAAAUGAAGUUUAUCGAUUCUUUGGAAAACCGUACAUUAGGUAUGUUGGAUAUUUCUUAUUGCAAGUUUCAAGGAGUGCUCCCUAGCUCAAUUGGUAAUCUUUCUAGUCAACUCCCAUAUCUAUAUAUAGAGGGGAAUCAUUUAGAAGGAAACAUCCCUAGAUCAAUUAGUAAUCUGGUUGGUUUGAAAAGGUUAUCAUUAAGAUUUAACCAAUUCACGGGAAACAUUCCCUCAACCAUUGGUAAUCUUCAAAACCUAGAAUCUAUUUAUUUAAAUAAUAACCAACUUUCAGGACAUAUUCCUGAUGCCAUGGGGAAUUUAACAUCGUUGAUCUUAUUAGAUUUUUCUUCUAACAUGUUGGAAGGGGUCAUUCCAUCAAGCCUUGGAAAUUGUCAUAAUCUAUUAGAAUUGUACCUUAAUGAUAAUAAACUUAAUGGGGAAAUACCCACACAACUUCUUCAACUUUCAACUCUAUCCAUACAAUUGGAUCUUUCUCAAAAUAAUCUGUUUGGUUCACUUCCAAUUGACGUUGGAGACCUGAAGAUGUUAAGCGCUCUAGAUUUGUCUGAUAAUAAUUUAUCAGGCAACAUUCCUAGUAGCCUUAGUGGUUGUACUAGCCUUUCAAGGUUGUCCCUCAAAGGCAAUAAAUUUCAAGGUAUGAUACCCACAUCAUUAGUUUCCUUGAAAGGAUUGGUGGAACUUGAUAUUUCUCAUAAUAAUUUAUCGGGCCAAAUUCCUCAAUUCUUAGAAAAAUUGCUUGUGUUAGAAUACUUGAACAUGUCAUAUAAUGAUUUUGAGGGUGAAGUACCAAUGGUAGGAGUGUUCUCCAAUACAAGUGCGUUCUCUAUUUUGGGGAAUAGUAGGCUUUGUGGUGGCCUUGUCGAACUUCGGUUACCCAAAUGCAAGGAGAUAAAGGAACAUAAAAAACGGUUCCCUCUAUAUGUAAUUGUCAUCUUGAUUGCAUCCACACUUAUCACCAUCAUUUGUUUAGCAUAUGUUUGGUGUAAGAAAAAAAGAAAUAGUCGGUUGUCUAAAUCAUCAACAAGCGAAGGAUUGUUAAAAGUUUCAUACAAUCAACUGCUCAAGGCUACCGAUGGGUUCUCAGAAGCCAAUUUAAUUGGAACUGGUGGGUUCAGUUCCGUUUACAAAGGAAUCCUUGAUGAAGAUGAUAAAUUUGUCGCAGUCAAAGUUCUACAUCUUCAAAAUCGAGGAGCUCAAAGAAGCUUCAUGAGGGAGUGUGAAGCAUGGAGGAACAUUAGACACCGGAAUUUGUUGAAGAUAAUAACUUCAUGUUCAAGCGUUGACUUUCAAGGAAAUGAUUUUAAAGCUUUGGUGUAUGAGUUCAUGCCCAAUGGGAGUUUGCAUGAUUGGUUGCAUCCAACAUCGAGAUUGAGCCUUCUUCAAAUAAUACAUAUUCUUAUAGAUGUAGCAUCUGCACUCGAUUAUAUUCACAAUCAUUGCAUCCCAAGCAUUGUUCAUGGUGACUUGAAGCCUAGCAACAUUCUACUUGAUGAUGAAAUGGUGGCUCAUGUUGGAGACUUUGGUUUAGCUCGAAUUCUUGGAACUACGUCAUAUAACAACAGCUCAACUGAGGUUAGAGGAACAAUUGGUUAUGCUGCUCCCGAGUAUGGUCUUGGGAAUGAGAUGACAAGUAGUGGGGAUGUUUACAGUUUCGGAGUAUUAUUAUUGGAGAUGAUGACAGGGAAAAAGCCGACCGAUAACAUCUUUAGUGAUGGCCUUAGUCUCCAUAAAUUUGCUUUCAUGGCCUUGCAUGAACAUGUAACAAAUGUUAUUGAUGUUAACAUUCUAAAUAUUUCCCAAGAGGGUGGAGUUUUUAAGCAAAACAUGGAAGCAAAUGUAGAUAAAAUUGAGGAAUGUUUGGCUUCAACGAUAAAGAUUGGAGUAUCAUGCACUGUAGAUUCACCACCCCAACGGAUGGAUAUGAAAAAGGUUGUAUACAACUUGUAUACAGUUCAACAAAUUUGUCUAUAUUUGUAUGAUCCCGGAGAACCACUUUUCGAUGCUUUCAAGCGAAUCCUUGAUGAAGAUGAUAAACUUGUCGCAGUUAAAGUUCUGCAUCUUCAAAAUCGAGGAGCUCAAAGAAGCUUUAUGAGGGAGUGUGAAGCAUGGAGGAACAUUAGACACCGGAAUUUGUUGAAGAUAAUAACUUCAUGUUCAAGUGUUGACUUUCAAGGAAAUGAUUUUAAAGCUUUGGUGUAUGAGUUCAUUCCCAAUGGGAGUUUGCAUGAUUGGUUGCAUCCAACAUCGAGAUUAAGCCUUCUUCAAAUAAUACACAUUCUUAUAGAUGUAGCAUCUGCACUCGAUUAUAUUCAUAAUCAUUGCAUCCCAAGCAUAGUUCAUGGUGACUUGAAGCCUAGCAACAUUCUACUUGAUGUUGAAAUAGUGGCUCAUGUUGGAGACUUUGGUUUAGCUCGAAUUCUUAGAACUACGUCACAUAACAACAGCUCAACUGAGGUUAGAGGACCAAUUGGUUAUGCUGCUCCAGAGUAUGGUCUUGGGAAUGAGAUGACAAGUAGUGGGGAAGUUUACAGUUUUGGAGUAUUAUUAUUGGAGAUGAUGACAGGGGAAAAGCCGACGGAUAACAUAUUUAGUGAAGGCCUUGGUCUCCAUAAAUUUGCUUUCAUGGCCUUGCAUGAACAUGUAACAAAUGUUAUUGAUGUUAACAUUCUAAAUAUUUCCCAAGAGGGUGGAGUUUUUAAGCAAAACAUGGAAGCAAAUGUAGAGAAAAUGAGGAAUGUUUGGCUUCAACAAUCAAGAGUGGAGUAUCAUGCACUGUAG